AUGAGCUUUAAACAGCAGUAUGUAGGCAAACAAGGCUGUCGAUCAAAAAACUGUCCAGCAAUGCGCACGUAUGAUCAAAAGUCCUUAAUACAUAGUCUGGCUUUACCUACACGAGAUAUUCAUGAAUAUCUCGUCAUGACGAAAGUACCUCCGGGUGUUGAAACGGACGUCUGGGUAAUCACUGUUUCCACCUCGACUGUCAAUCAGAGAAUGCGGUCGCCACCCUGCAUACCAUGUGAAGUAACACCAAGUCAGUUGAAAUGUGGAGCGGCAAUACAAACGGUACAAACUGUUCCAGUUUGUCAGUCGGGAUUCUAUCGUGGCAAAAUGACAAUCUAUGCGGAAGAUGCGUCGAAGCGGCAGCCAGAAGAUUUGGUUCAUCUAGAUGAUCCAUAUGCUCAGUAG